AUGCAGAGCACCAUCCACCCGGACGACUUGGCCGAGCUGCGUGCGCUGGUGGCGCGCGCAGAGGCGAGGGAGGAGGAGACGAGGGCGGCGGAGGGCGAGAAGCUGACACUGCGGGUGCGAGACAAGUCGAAUGGGUACGUGCCGCUGCGGCUGCCGAUGUACCCCGUCGCCGAGCCGGGCGAGGUUGGCGGGCUGACUGAUGAGGAGCCGGGGGGCGUGAGCGAGGCGGAGAGGGAGGGCAGGCUUUGCGCGCCGGCGCCGGCGGAGGAGGACCAGCAGCAGCGGCUCGUCUCGUCCUCUCGCCGGUCCGUCUCGCUGUCGCGGCUGCUCGCCGAGGCUUUCUCGACAAUCUCAGAGGCGGAGGAGACUCGGGCGGAUCGCGAGGGGAGGAGCGGCGAGGGGGCGGAGCAGGGCGUGGUGGCGGCGCAGCUGCCGAGCAUUCUCUUUGAGCGCGCGCAGCGGUCGCAGGCCGGAGGAGCAGACGAGACGGAGAAGGCGGAGGCGGAGGCGGGGGCGACGGAGUGCGCAGUCGAGGCGCCUGCGCCGCACCAGAAGCGCGCUGAGUCUGGCCAUCUCGAGGCGGGGAGGGAGGCGGGGCGGGAGGCGGAGGAGGAGUCGGAGGCGGAUCGAGCCGCGUCUGGCGGAGGGAUGAAGGACGGCAGGGCGGCGGGCGGUGGGAGGGGGCGGGGGCGGGGGCAAGGCGUGCAGCUCCCCUUCAGCCCUCCGCAGCAGCUGCCGCAGCGCGACGCUCGGCGGCUAGAGGCGGAGUGGCACGACUUGCUCAAUCAGUUCGAGGCGCCCGCCGCACAGUUCGUCGACUUCCAGACAGUCGUCGACGGCGACGCGCAGCCAUGGGCGGGCGAGGGGGGCGAGGAGAGCGCCGCGAGCGAUUCGCCCUCGGGAGAGGCGCCCACACUUGCGCCGACUUCGGCGACGGCAGUGGGGGCGGCGGGGAGGGCGGCGGAGCGGAGGCGGAGCCGCGAGCUGACUCAGGCGGCGCUGCAGGCGCGGGAGGGGGAGGCGGCGAGCGCACGACUGGCGGAGGCGACGCUUGCGGAGGGUCGCAAGGUCAAGGAGGCGAGGGAGAAGGGCGCGACGUCUGCGCUCGCCACGCUCGCGGCGCCCAUUGAGAAGGCGGGAGGGCUCGGCGUCUGCCGCAGCGGCGGCGAGGGCGAGACGCUUGCCGUCGGCGAGACGUCUUCAGUCGGCCGGCUGAGGCUGGAGCUGCUGCAGCGCUACUUCGUCAGGAGCCGCGAGGAGGGCCAGUUCUCCCCGCUCGGCGAGGGCGCCGCCGCGUACCGCGUGCCUGUCGACGUGGCGUCUGCCGUUGUGGCGCUGCGCUCGCCGGGCGCAAAGGUGGACGACGGCUCGGCGUGUGGCUGGCCUCCGCUCCACCUGGCGCUGCUGCGGGGCGAGUCACACCUGCAGGUGGUGCAGCUGCUGCUCGCCUCUGGUUGCAACGCGACCGACCCGCCCGCGCGGCUCGAAUACGCCACUCCGCUGAUGCUUUGCGCCGAGGGUCAGCUGGGCCAGGCGGCAGAGCUGCUGCUGCUCUGUUUGCCCCCGAGCCAGCUCGAGGCUGCUACAAACGUCCGCUCGCAGGAGGGCGUCCCCCUCGUCUCGGUCUGCGCGCAGUGGGCAUCCGACGAGGCAGCGGCCAAGGUCUGCCGCAGGCUCGUCGAGUGCCGCGCCGACCCGAGCUGCCGCUCGCGCGCGGGGCUCUCGCCGCAGGUCAUGGCGGCGCGCUCGGGCAACGCGGCGACGGCGGCGGCGCUCGCGCAGCUGACCGAGAAGCUCACCGACGGCGCGCGGGAGGGGCUCGACGCGGCGGCCGCUGGCACGCCUCCAGCCAGCCGCCGGUGGUUCGAAGAGCGACCCGUCGAGGCCGCGGCGGGAAGAACAAGAGCUGAGCACGCACGCCGGGGCGGAGUGGCAGUCUUUGUGGCGUUUCGGCGUGGUCUUGCCAGCCUGCACAAGCACAACACACCGACAUACGUUGCCGAUGCCUAA